AUGCAGCAGCUUUCUAGUUUCAAUUCUCCCUCAUCUCCUUCUGCCUCUUCGAAUCGUCCUAACGCAGACUCUGUCAACCAGGAAGAGGAGGGUCAAAAGAAAAAUCAACAGCAGCAGCGUCAUCAAAAUCAUCCACAUCACUAUUUUGCUUCUACCUCUACUUCGGCUGAGGUACCCACAUUUGCGACUUCAACUACAGCCACAAGCAACACUACUAACACUGAGCUUAAUACCAGCGCCUCACUUUUUGCUGCUGCGAACAACGCUGUUGGAAGGGCUUACGACAGAGUUGCAGCAUCUGGCAGGACCACCAACGACUAUCGUCGAACCUCAGAAGUACCAGCAUGGCGGCAGGACCUUAACCUACCCAACUUGGCCUCCAUCGUGCCCUCGCCCGACUUGGUCAACUCUUUCUCGACAGCUUCGACUACCGGCGCUAUUCACCAGUCGAGUUUAUCUACGGCCGGUAGUCCGCGAGGUCCUAGCGCAUUCACGCGAGGACUCCCACAGACCCCAAUUCCGGCGAAGCGUCCCUCCGCCCCGACAAGAGGUGAACCCGUCAUGCACCCGUCACCCAUCAAGAAAGCCCGCACCGGGGCAUCGCCACCUCGCAAAGUCGAACUUCCUAACAAAACUGCCAAUCUUGAUCCUUCAGCACGUGGAAAGCAACAAGGCCCCCUCUCACCCCUCUUUUUCUCCCACACGCCGGCGAGGCAUGUCCAUCGUCCGGCUAGCUUUCCCGCGACAGAUCCUGCUGUUUCUAUGCUUUCACGUAUGCGAGAGGACCCGGCUGGCGGAGUGACAACGUUGAAGUUGCCCCGUGCAAGUGUAAACUCUGUCACUCCUGGUAGAUCAGAAAGCACUCCUGGCAGCUGGGGCUCUUCAAUGGAUGUCCCAGCUCAUACUGCAACUCCAGAUAGUCGCAGUCUGCCUCCAGGGCUACAGAUGCUGCAAGGUGUGGGAGUAAUUGAAUUCCUGGAGCAGGACGAGAGGCCUACGUUUCUGAUAGACCUGGAUAACUCUGCCAAUACUGGUCGUGCUGGUUUACACAUCCUAUACUACAAUGCUUCUUUACGUGGGGCACAUGAAGUGCUUCAGUACCUGUCCGUGGACAAGGAGGAUACAAGCACAGAAACUGAUUUUGGCCGCUUCAAGUCAUGGAUUAUGACACCGCUCAAAAGCCGUGGAUCGACCGAUGGCUCAUCGACUCACUUUUAUGCUGGUAUCACAUGGACGCUUUCAACAUUACGACGAAGGUUUCGCUUCGUCAGCGCUCAUGCCAGCUUUUCUACUCCUAGGCCCAAUUCCACGCUACCACUUAUCGAUGAGACGGUUGCUUCAGAAACGCGGAGUGUCGGACAAUCGCCGCGGAUGCCAGUCACCCCUGACGCCGAGCUCGUUGAUGCGCCUGACUAUUUUGGUGACGCCGAACCUCUUGAUACUAAUUUUGAUACACGGAAUCCCGAUGUUGAUGCAGUUAUGGAGGGAGGUGAACCAAGAUUACAUCCCGACGAUUUCACAAAUCAGGUCUUCCAAUCGCAGCCCGCACCAAGAUCGAUAUUCGACUGGACAAGAAUACCCGUGUCGGAUUCACUUCCUCCUCACAUUAAGUUUGCCCGAUCUGUAGAUUGGGCGGCGACUCCUCUGGGACCCAUCGAGGAUUGGCCCGCGGACCUCAGAUCCAUGUCUAAUCUCAUCAUGGGCAGCCCACACCCCGCUGCCAUGUACUGGGGCCCCCAGUUUGUGAUCAUCUACAACGAAGCUUAUCUGGACCUAGCUGGUCAAAAACACCCCAAACUGAUGGGAGCUUGCUAUAUGGAUGCUUGGUCGGAGAUUUGGGAUGAAAUCAAGCCUGUGUUUAAGAGCGCGCUUGAAUCUGGUCAAGCGACAAUGAAGCAUGAAAAUCAACUUUUCAUUAACCGACAUGGAUUUUUGGAGGAAGCAUUCUUCUCCUGGUCUAUCGUUCCCCUUGUAGACGGCAACGGUGAAAUUAUGGGACUUUACAACCCUGCUUUCGAAAACACUCGCAGACGGGUCAAUGAGAGAAGAAUGCUCAUGCUUCGUGAGAUUGGCGAGAGAACAGCUGCAGCCACUACUGUUUCGGGCUUCUGGCCUCAGGUACAAAAGGGACUGGAAUUCAACGAGUUCGAUGUGCCCUUUGCCUUGAUUUAUUCAGCGAGGGAGGAUACUGAGAGCGAGGUUUCGUCGUUACAUUCUGGCAGUUUGAUUCACUCACCUCAAUUAGUCCUCGAAGGAAGUCUCGGUGCUCCAGAAAAUCACCAAGGAGCACUUACGCACCUCGAUAUGCGGCAAUCCGACGAUGGCUUUGCACCCUAUAUGCGCCAGUCCAUGGCUGCGGGCGGUGUCCCAAUUGUCCUCUCUGAAGAAGACGGCACUCUUCCCAUGCAUUUGAUCGACGGUCUUCACUGGAGAGGUUUCGGCGAUCCCUCCAAAACGCUUGUGAUAUUCCCGGUUAUUCCAACUACCACAGGCGAAUCUGUCAUUGGAUUCAUCGUCAUGGGUGUCAACCCUCGCCGACCUUACGAUGACGAUUAUAAGCUAUUCAUUCACCUUUUGUCCCGUCAACUCGCCACGUCAAUGGCGUCCGUGGUCCUAUUCGAAGAAGAAAUUAAACGCGGCCAGAGAGCUGCUCGCCUUGCUGCGCUGGACCGACAAGAACUUUCGAUGCAACUUUACCUGCGUACACAAGAAGCCGUGGAGAGCGAGUACAGAUUCACCAGAAUGGCUGAAUUCGCUCCUGUGGGUAUGUUCAUUGCCAAUUUUGCAGGUAAAAUCAACUAUUGCAACGACAUGUGGUGGCAGAUCUCCAGGCACUCCAGAUCCGAAGACUCGGUGGAUACUUGGAUGGACAGUGUUCGAGACGAGGACCGGCCGGCGUUGGAGGAGGCUUGGGACAAGCUACUUAGGGAAAAGGUGACCAUUUCUGUGGAAUUCCGAUUUAAGUGCAGUCAACAAAGCGACGGAAACACGAUCGACACAUGGGUUCUCAUGAGCGCCUAUCCGGAAAAGAAUCAAGAAGGCAACCUCAAGCUGAUUUUUGGUUGUAUCACCGAUAUCUCAUCUCAAAAGUGGGCAGAGAAGGUACAGAAUGAACGACGUGAAGAAGCAGUCGAAAUGAAGCGUCAACAGGAGAAUUUUAUCGAUAUCACGAGUCACGAGAUGCGCAAUCCUCUUUCUGCAAUUUUGCAAUGUGCCGACCAGAUUGCCAACAACAUCACGGUUUUCGACUCGCACACCAUCAAAGCCGAUGUAGAAAAUUUGUUGGACGGUUGUCUCGAUGCUGCCAACACCAUCAACCUUUGCGCAAGCCAUCAGAAGCGCAUUGUUGACGACAUUCUGACAUUGUCCAAAUUGGACUCUAACCUAUUGGCUGUUACGCCUAUUGAUGAACAGCCUGUUAGGGUUGUGCAACGAGCCUUGAAGAUGUUUGAGUCAGAACUGGUGGCUCAUGAUAUUGAAUUCGAAUUCAAUGUGGACCAGAGCUUCGAUCAUUACGGUAUCAAGUGGGUGAAGCUUGAUCCGUCAAGAUUACGACAGGUUCUGAUUAAUUUGAUGACAAAUGCCAUCAAGUUCACGCAGGGUCGUGAGAAGAGAGCUAUUUCUGUCAGCCUCAGCGCUUCAAAGCAUGUAUCUGAGGUAACCAGAAAGGGCAUUACUUAUUUUGAUCAAGUUGAUCAUCAACGUGCUUCGGUCACCGACAUCAACAACACAGACGAGUGGGGACAUGGUGAGGAAAUUAACAUUCACUGUACCGUUGAGGAUACCGGUCCGGGGUUGAUCGAAGAAGAAAUGAAGCUUCUCUUCCAACGAUUCCAACAGGCGACACCACGAACACAUGUUCAAUAUGGCGGUUCAGGACUAGGCCUGUUCAUCUCUCGUAUCUUAACUGAGAUGCAGGGCGGUCAGAUCGGCGUUACAUCUCGACGUGAUAUCGGCAGCAGCUUCAGCUUCUACAUCAAGUGUCGUCGUUCUCUAACCCCUCCUCCUGACUUCGAAGAGGUUACGCCAUUCAAGAUCGCUCGAAAAUCACACGCUCCAGGCAUUCCACAAAAGCCUGAGCUUACCCGUCAACUCUCCAAAACUGCGACGACAACAAACGAAGAAACAAACCAGCUGUUCGACGUAUUGAUUGUGGAAGACAACAUCGUGAAUCAGAAGGUUCUUCAACGACAGUUGCGGAACUGUGGCAACAAUACCUUUGUUGCCAAUCACGGCAAAGAAGCUUUACAGACUCUCGAGCGAUCAAGAUUUUGGGCAGGAAAGGAAACCGAAGGCGUUGAUAUCUCGGUCAUUUUGAUGGAUUUGGAAAUGCCUGUCAUGGACGGAAUGACUUGCGCCCGAAGAAUUCGGGAGUUAGAACGAGAGGGAACGAUUGUGCAACAUAUCCCAAUUAUUGCAGUAACGGCUUAUGCUCGACCGGAACAGAUCGAGAGUGCAAAGGCUGCAGGAAUUGACGAUGUCAUUUCCAAGCCUUUCCGGAUCCCUGAGCUUCUGCCAAAAAUCGAGGAGCUUGUUGGCAAAUACAAAAACCUUUCAGUGUCUGCUUGA